AGAACCGAUGGUGCGUCUCCUAUUGUGCAAUCAUCAGACGUCAGACUCCCUCAGACGGCGUCCCAUUAUGCGGCUACGGCAGGUACAGCGAGCGCUUCCAACACGCUCGUCAGGGAUACAGUCAAGACGGAUGAACCUAAUGAGCAGUCUCGUGAACUUGUAUGAUGCUUGGCUUGAUCAUUUGUCUUUUCUGAACGACAUUCGGAACAUGUCGUGGAGUUCGAUGCGUUUGGAUACUAACCACAAGACCCCCCAUCUGAAACUUGUUCGGAACGUUUCGUAUACGAGUGUGUACAAACUCAUCCUGUCGCAGCAACGGGCUGUCGAGUUCCGUUGUCUAGCUUGCAAGAAGCACAGCUAGAUUAUCAGCUGACCCUCUCUUCAUUCACCAAUCACACGGUCCGCACCGAUAAUCAAUCCUCCCAGCAUGGUAAUUUUCACCCGCCAAAAAUGUCUUGUAACGGUGCACGCGCAAUGACGCAGGAAGAAGCCGGAUGGACUUGGUAUGACAUAUGAACUUGCCUAUUAUGGUACUUACCGCGCAGACUGCCCGCCCGCACAAGCCUACCUUUAGCACACAUCAUCUCACCUCUCUACCAUACACACUCUGCAUCAUGGUUAAAGUUCUUGCUAUCCUCUACCGUGGUGGUGAAGCCGCUACGCAGGAGCCUCGUCUGCUCGGUACCGUCGAGAACCAGCUGGGUAUUCGUGAAUGGUUGGAGUCUCAGGGUCAUGAAUUCAUUGUCAGCGACGACAAGGAAGGUCCAGACAGCGUAUUCCAAAAGAACCUCGUCGAUGCCGAGGUCCUUAUCACAACCCCCUUCCACCCUGGCUAUCUUACCGCCGACCUCAUCAAGAAGGCAAAGAACUUGAAGAUCUGUAUCACAGCUGGUGUCGGCUCUGACCAUAUCGACCUGAACGCUGCCAAUGAGCGCGGCAUCACCGUCGCGGAAGUUUCCGGAUCUAAUGUCGUGUCUGUUGCAGAGCACGUCGUCAUGAGUAUCCUUCUUCUCGUCAGGAACUUCGUGCCCGCCCAUGAGAUGAUCGAGCGUGGUGACUGGCAAGUGUCUGAUGUCGCGCGCAACGCGUACGAUGUUGAAGGCAAGGUCGUCGGCACCAUCGGCGCUGGUCGUAUUGGCUUCCGUGUCCUGCAACGUCUUGUUCCCUUCAACACCAAGGAACUCCUGUACUUCGAUUACGCACCUCUUCCUGAGCACGCUGCCAAGGAAGUCAAGGCUCGUCGUGUUGAAGACUUAAAGGAAUUUGUCUCUCAAUGUGAUGUUGUUGCCGUCAACUGCCCACUGCACGAGGGUACCCGUGGCCUCGUCAACGCUGAGUUGCUCAAGCAUUUUAAGAAGGGCGCAUGGCUCGUCAACACUGCCCGUGGUGCCAUUUGUGACAAGGAUGCUGUUGCAGCUGCCGUGAAGAGCGGUCAGCUUAACGGCUACGCCGGUGAUGUCUGGAACGUGCAACCUGCACCUAAGGACCACCCAUGGCGUACGAUGAAGAACCCUCUUGGUGGCGGAAACGGCAUGGUACCUCAUUAUUCAGGAACUACCCUCGACGCCCAAGCGCGUUACGCCGCCGGUACCAAGUCUAUCCUGGAGAACUACUUCAAAAGCUCUCCUCAGGAGCCUCAAAACAUCAUCGUCGAGGGUGGCAAGUACGCUACCAAAGCUUACGGCCAACGCUGAACGUUUUGUCAAGAUAGCAUCUCAUCAUAUCCGUUUUCGUCUGAGUCUCUUUCAGGGAUGUUCUCAGCCUCUGCUCUUUCUUCUUUCUCCUUGUAUCGAGUGUACGAUAGUCCUGGUGGUCAAAUAUCAAGUGUAACAGCUUUGUACUUAACGAAUAUAUCAUGUGGUGAAACGUCUGUCCUUGUAUCCCAAAAGCUAAGUUGAAGUUAUUCCUCACUGUUGGCUUCAGAUCCUUAGAGAGCAGUGCUUGACGUCGUUAACUGUAAGAAUGAAAUCGUUGAAGUCCG